AUGGCGGGAAACUCAAAGCUUAGAGACUCGAAACUAAUUCACGGAGUUAUAUCGUUUCAGGCAUUAUAUCGCGGAUUCAGAACCCGAAAAAUAUUAGGAAAGGUCAAAGAAGAAUUUCGUGCAAUCUUUGUUGAAUUGGAAGGUACGGAAGUUUGUCAGCAUACUUUGGAAUGGCGAUCAACUUUUGGUAGGCCUAUAAUUAUCGAUGACGGUCUUUUCGAACCAGAACGAGAAAGAGUCUAUAAAAACAUCAAAACUUCUGAAGAGACCUUUGCUAAAGAAGCAAAAAAUAUAAAGACAGUAGAUAGAGAUGAAGCUACAUCUUUAGCCGUGCAUUCAUCGUGUACUGCCAACGGACUGACAACAAAGUUGUUCACAAAAGCUGAAAGUGACACUGACAAGGAAAUUCAUUGCAUUGAUGAUUUACAUGAAGCAAAAGAUAGCUUUUUAGAUUCAGAGAUAUUAAAUACCAAAGACGAGAUACCUGUAGAAGCUGAUUCAAAAACUAGUCCAAACAACUUGCUAGGACAAAAUGGUGUUGACAUAGCAGUACCGCCUAUAUGUAGAGAAGAAUUCGAAUCAAUGGGUCGAACUGAAAUCUUGCAGAUGAAAAGAGAAUAUGAAAUGGAGCUGUUGUGGAUUGAUCAAGCCAUUGAAAGUAGGAAACAGUAUAUUCGAUUCAAAAGCUGA